GCGGGCGAACGAGCGGUUGGGGUCCUGGCGCUGGGACGAAGGUGAUGGCUGCGGCGCGAGGCGGCGGCCGAGGGCUCGAGCUGCUGCUGCGCGGGUGGGCGCGAGGCAGGUCUUUCUCUGUAUGCAAUCCAAGAUGUGUCUGCUUUGCAUUCAGUUCAACUUCACGAUAUAGAGAAAAGGCAAGACUUUUGAUUCCAUCUGGAGUGCAGUUGGCUUCUGUACGAUUCAUGGCGAUACAGACUCAGGAUACGCCAAAUCCUAACAGCUUAAAAUUUCUUCCUCGAUGUCAAGUUGCAGAAUCGGGCAGCAUUGAUUUUCCAAAUGUUAGUACGGCUCAUUGCUCACCUCUGGCUCAGCAGCUAUUCCAAAUAGAAGGGGUUAAAAGUGUGUUUUUUGGACGAGAUUUCAUUACAAUAACAAAGCAAAAUGAGAUAGAAUGGAAAGAUCUUAGACCUCGGGUUUCUGCAGCUCUUGUGGAUUUUUUUGCCAGUGGUCUCCCAAUAAUGACAGAGGAAGUCUCACAGGCUGAUUCUGCCCAGUCACAGGAUGGUGAGGAGGACGAUGAAGUGGUUGCAAUGAUUAAAGAACUGUUGGACACAAGAAUAAGGCCGAUAGUGCAAGAGGAUGGAGGAGAUAUUGUUUACAAGGGUUUUGAAAAUGGCAUUGUGAAGCUGAAGCUGGUGGGUUCGUGCACUGGCUGCCCAAGUUCGAUUGUUACUUUAAAAAGUGGAAUCCAAAAUAUGCUGCAAUUUUAUAUUCCUGAAGUUGAUGGAGUUGAACAGGUCCAAGAUGAAGUAGAUGAAGCGAACAUCACAGCAUUAUCUGAAUUAGAGAAGAGAUUGAAGGACCCAUAAUCAUUUAUCUAACUUGUACUUUUAAUCGGAUGGACAAGGUUUAUUGACAUUUAAAAAAAAAGUGUGUUAUUGUACUCCUCGCUUGCAGCCAAGAUUCCAUUUGAUUAAUUAUCAGAUAAACCUCAGUCAUGGCUUGAGAUGUGACUUACGUUAUUCAAAUGCUGACUGCUGCAAGAAUGCAGUCAAUAGCUACAAAAAUGUUAAGUUUUUUUUUGCAAAACCCUGGCUUUCUCUCACCUCGCUUUUACCUGUUUUUUUUCCAAACCAAUGUAUCUUCUAAUGGGAGAAAGCAAUCAGUCCAACACAUAACUUAUUGAACAAAUAUUAUUCCAUCAAGAUACGCUUCACUGUAAAGGAAUACAACUAUAUAUUGUACUGUUUUGUUUCAGGGGAAAGGAAAUGUGAGCAUUCUGUCCAUGACCUACAUUGAGAAGUGGUUGUAGCUCAUCAUAUGUAAUGGGGAGAAUAAGAGAUUCUGUUUUAUAGCAGAACAUAUGAUCUUUCCUUUUUUAAUUACUAUUUAGUUAUUCCAUCAUUUUCACUGUUUUGCCAAACAGUUAUUGCAUGGUAUUAGUAUAGUAUACCUGGUAUUAGUAUUGUGCCUAUGUGUCCAUAAUGUCCAACAUGACAAGUGAGAGUAAACUAUAUUGAGUUUAAAAUAUUUAGCUGCCUGUUACCAUGAUCACUCAUGCUCCAUCUGGAUAACAAAUAAAAGAUCAAUUGAUAAGAUGAACAAGCAAACAGUAUAUAUAGAAGCUGUUGUAUAAACACUUAGCAAUUUGCACUUCUAUAUAUGUAUGGAAGAAAAUGUGAUACUUACUUUAAAUCUAUGAAUAACUUAUGGCUGUAAAAGGACGAAGGGCAUGUUUUGUACAUCAUAAAUAAAUAUGCUUUUAAACAAGAAAAAAA